AUGAAGUUCGCAACUAUCCUCUUCCUGGCCACCAGCGCCCUCGCCGCCCCCGUCAUCGAGCGCCAAGUUUCUCCCCCGACCGGCCUCCCGCCCCGUCCAACAGGUGUCCGACCAACUCCUUCGGGUCCCCCCGGCGGCACUCCCCCUGCCUUCCCAACCGGCUUCCCACCACGCCCUACAGGCCCCGUGCCUACAGGCUUUCCUCCUCGCCCGACUGGCGGCUUCCCCGGCGGUGGUGCACCUUCAUUCCCCCCGCCAGGCGGCGUGCCUUCGUUCCCGCCGGGCGGCUUUCCUGGAUUCCCUACUGGCGGGGCUCCGCCGAGACCUACGGGCGCGCCCCCUGCUUUUCCAUCGAUUCCGCCUAGGCCGUCGGCUGUUGCGCCGCCCCAGUAG